UUGUGUUGUAAAGUGCUGUAAAUGAGGCAGCAUGUUCUGCUUUCUGACCAAAAUCUAUUAUUACCAAAUUCUGAAUGCCACAAAUGUCUCUGCGCAAGGUUGACUGACUGGAUUUAAGCAUACUUCUGUUUUCUGUCUGCUUCGUAGUGUUUGUGGACUGUGAAGGAGAGCAGGUAUGGAAGAGGAGUUGUGUUAUUCAACAGUCAUCUUCAAGCCAAAUAGCAAUGAAAAAUCAGUGCCACGGUUAGAGGAGUCUGUAGUGUAUGCUGAGGUGAACGUAAAGCAAUCAACUUCACAGACACCCCCUGAGACCUCAGCUGCAGAGUGUUCAUUAAACAAAUCAGUUUUUCUAGCACAUGAUUCUCCUACUGAAGAAAAUGAAGCCGCCACCCCGAUCUCUCCAGCAUAUAGACGAGCUACAGUGUUUCUGGGGUUGCUCUGCUUCCUCCUGCUCGCUGUGUUAACAGCUGUCGGCGUUUUCUACUACAUUCACAUGUCUAAAUACAACAAUAUUCUGGCCCAGCAUACUAAAGAGAAAGCCACCAAUCUGCAAUUAUUGGCAGACAAGCAAGUGCUGGACCAAGAGAGAGCAAGGCUGACGACAUGGGGUGAACAGAUGAACACCACACUGCACUUAAUACUGAAGAAAAGCUACUUUUUAGUGGAUAUCUACUGUCAGUCCACUGAAAAUGGGGUCCAGUGUACACCUUGUCCUAAAAAGUGGAUUCAGAACGGCUCCAGCUGUUACUACUUCUACAAAGACUGGCCCUGGAAACCGUGGACAGAAAGUAAAGAAUACUGCAAGCGAUAUGGAGCUCAGCUGGCCAUAAUAGACAGUGUGGAGGAACAGGAAUUCAUCAAUCAGCACACCACAUCAUAUUAUGACAGAUAUCAUGGAUACUGGAUUGGACUCUCUUUGACAGGAAAUACUUGGGUCUGGACCACUGGCGCUAAACUUGAGGGAAGUUUCUGGGUCAGUGACCCCUCAGAAGGAUACGGAGACUGUGUUCAGUCAAUGCCCAGCACAAACCUACUAAAAAGCUGGACAUCAGAAAAUUGCAACAUGUACAAUAGAUGGAUCUGCGAAAUGGACAUUAUAACAUGGCCAACCUUCCUUCAAGCUCAAUGAAACCAGAGUGACCCCUCAACAUGAGCAGAAAACAAAACAUAAGACAGUCAUCUCAAGAAUUUUAUUUUACAAUUUAGUUUAAGUUUUGUUAGCA